UUUUACUCCUCAACUCUCGCGAGAUUUGACUUCCAGGAAGUUUCCACGUCAGUAUCGAAGCAUUUGGAUCCCGUUCGCUGCUGUAUGCAACACGAUUAUUUAAUUGUUAUUUAUUUCGACGAAACAGUGACAAAAAUGCCGCUGAGGCUUGACAUUAAGCGGAGGCUGACCUCCAGGUCUGACCGAGUGAAGAGUGUGGAUCUUCAUCCAACGGAACCAUGGAUGCUGGCCAGUCUGUACAAUGGCAGCGUCUGUGUGUGGAACCACGAAACACAGACUCUGGUGAAGACUUUUGAGGUGUGCGACUCCCCUGUCAGAGCAUCCAAAUUUGUGGCCAGGAAGAAUUGGGUCGUCACAGGAGCGGAUGACAUGCAGAUCCGCGUGUUCAACUACAACACUUUGGAGCGUGUUCACAUGUUCGAGGCCCACGUGGACUACAUCCGCUGCAUUGCUGUCCACCCCACCCAGCCCUACAUCCUCACCAGCAGCGAUGAUAAGUUGAUCAAGCUGUGGGACUGGGAGAAGAAGUGGUCUUGCAGCCAGGUGUUUGAGGGCCACACGCACUAUGUGAUGCAAAUUGUCAUCAAUCCAAAAGACAACAAUCAGUUUGCCAGUGCCUCCUUGGACAGGACCAUCAAGGUUUGGCAGCUGGGUUCUUCAUCUCCUAAUUUCACUUUGGAAGGCCACGAGAAAGGAGUCAAUUGUAUUGACUAUUACAGUGGAGGAGACAAACCCUAUUUGAUAUCAGGGGCUGAUGACCGCCAAGUCAAAAUCUGGGACUACCAGAACAAAACUUGUGUUCAGACUUUGGAAGGCCAUGCCCAGAAUGUUUCCUGUGUCAGUUUCCACCCAGCGCUGCCAAUCAUCAUCACCGGAUCAGAGGAUGGGACGGUACGUAUUUGGCAUUCUAGCACUUACCGCCUGGAGAGCACAUUAAACUAUGGUAUGGAACGAGUGUGGUGCGUGUGCGGCCUCAGGGGCUCAAACAAUGUAGCACUGGGUUAUGAUGAAGGCAGCAUCAUUAUCAAAGUGGGUCGUGAAGAGCCGGCCAUGUCAAUGGACACCAGCGGGAAAAUCAUUUGGGCAAAGCACAGUGAAAUCCAGCAGGCCAACUUGAAGGCAAUGGGAGAUGCGGAAAUCAAGGAUGGAGAGAGGCUCCCAUUGGCUGUGAAAGACAUGGGCAGCUGUGAGAUAUACCCUCAAACCAUCCAGCAUAACCCCAAUGGGAGGUUUGUGGUGGUGUGUGGAGAUGGUGAGUACAUCAUCUAUACUGCCAUGGCGCUGAGGAACAAGAGCUUUGGCUCCGCACAAGAAUUUGUUUGGGCUCAUGACUCAUCAGAAUAUGCCAUUCGAGAAAGCAACAGUGUCGUCAAACUUUAUAAGAAUUUCAAAGAAAAUAAAUCUUUUAAGCCUAACUUUGGAGCUGAAGGGAUCUAUGGAGGUUUCUUGCUCGGUGUGAGGUCGGUGAAUGGUCUGGCUUUCUAUAACUGGGAGAACACGGAACUUAUCCGCCGCAUCGAGAUCCAACCCAAACACAUCUUCUGGUCAGACUCUGGUGAGUUGGUGUGCAUCGCGACAGAGGAGUCCUUCUUCAUUCUUAAAUACCUGUCAGAAAAAGUCGCUGACUCGCAAGAGAACAAGGAGGGAAUGACAGAGGACGGCAUCGAGGACGCAUUUGAGGUCCAGGGAGAGAUCCAGGAGAUUGUGAAAACUGGACUUUGGGUUGGUGACUGCUUUAUUUACACGAGCUCUGUGAACAGACUCAACUACUUUGUCGGAGGAGAGAUUGUUACUAUUGCUCACCUGGACAGAACCAUGUAUUUACUUGGUUACAUACCCAAAGAUGACCGUCUCUACCUGGGGGACAAAGAGCUCAACAUCGUCAGCUACUCCCUGCUGGUCUCCGUUUUAGAGUACCAGACUGCUGUCAUGAGGAGGGACUUUAGCAUGGCCGACAAGGUUCUUCCCACAAUUCCAAAAGAGCAAAGACCCAGAGUGGCUCAUUUCUUGGAGAAACAGGGUUUCAAGCAGCAGGCGUUAGCUGUGUCCACAGACCCUGAGCACAGGUUUGAGCUGGCCUUGCAGCUGGGAGAGUUGAAGAUUGCUUACCAGCUGGCUGUGGAGGCAGAGUCGGAGCAAAAGUGGAAGCAGUUGGCAGAACUCGCCAUAAGCAAGUGCCAGUUCGGCCUGGCCCAGGAGUGUCUGCAUCAUGCGCAGGACUACGGCGGCCUGCUUCUCCUCGCCACAGCCUCUGGUAACGCCACGAUGGUGGGCAAGCUGGCUGAAGGUGCAGAAAGGGACGGCAAGAACAACGUGGCCUUCAUAACCUACUUCCUGCAGGGCAAACUGGAUCAAUGCUUGGAGCUUCUGAUCAGAACUAAUCGUCUGCCCGAAGCUGCUUUUCUGGCUCGCACUUACCUGCCCAGCCAGGUGUCCCGUGUGGUCAAACUGUGGAGGGAAAGCUUGGCCAAAGUCAACCAGAAGGCUGCUGACUCCUUAGCUGACCCCACAGAGUAUGAAAACCUGUUCCCUGGUCUGAAAGAAGCCUUGGCAGCGGAGCAUUUCCUCAGAGAAACCUGCUUAGGCAGCAGACCUGCCAAAGACUAUCCCCUGGUCACACUAAAUGAAGACCGGAAUAUUUUAGAGGAGGCUGAAGGAUACGAGCUCAAAGAAACUUCUCCUCAUGAGGAGCCUGAAGAGUCUCCCUUAAUGUCCGUGGUUCCUCAAGUAGCAGAGGAGUCCUUGGCCAAGCCUUCAGAGCCAGAACCUGCCCCCCAACAGGAUCAGGAGGAAACCCCUUCCAUUUCACAGGUGGAACAGGAGAAGGUGGAUUUGGAGCCUGAAGAGUCUCCCUUAGUGUUCGUGGUUCCUCAAGUGGCAGAGGAGUCCUUGGCCAAGCCUUCAGAGCCAGAACCUGCCCCCCAACAGGAUCAGGAGGAAACCCCUUCCAUUUCACAGGUGGAACAGGAGAAGGUGGAUUUGGAGCCUGAAGAGUCUCCCUUCGUGUCCGUGGUUCCUCAAGUGGCAGAGGAGUCCUUGGCCAAGCCUUCAGAGCCAGAACCUGCCCCCCAACAGGAUCCGGAGGAAACCCCUUCCAUUUCACAGGUGGAACAGGAGAAGGUGGAUUUGACUCUAGAUGAGCUGGAUGUAGACCUGGACAACAUGGAGCUGGAUGACAUCUACACCUCAGACCUCAACCUGGACGAGGACUUUCUAGACGACGACUAGAGACUGGAGUUUAUUUCAUUGUACUUAAAUAUGAUAUUGUCCACAACUACAGAGUAAAGUCAUGUUUUAUUCUCAGAGGAAUGGUAAACCUCACCUCUAUGUUUCUAACUCUCCAUUUUGUGCACCAUUUAUUGAUUGUUGGAGAUCUUCCACUUUAUUGGAAGUGUUAUGUUUAUUUGUUUUGUCUCGUCUGCCAGGAAGAAUCACCGUUCAAUAAACGGCGGUUUCUGUACA